CCUCAGAAAUAAACACAUCCAGUCCCUCUGCCACAACGUUACUUCCUUAUUGAUAAAAUGCAACAGCCAUUUUAAGUCCUUUUAAUCUCUCCAGCCACAGUUUUUUUUAACUUCUUGGAGGUUUUUAGCAUUGUUUUUUUCACUUCAGAUGAUGGCAAAUUGCGUUUGACCUUGGACUGGCGGCGUUUGGGAUUGCCCACAGAACCAAUUCACCGCUUUCCUCCAGAAUUCCCUGGCACAAUGGUGGCCUUGCAAGUGCAUUUUUGGCUGAUUGCAUCCCUGGUGAGCAGCGUGGCAGCAGCACAGUCCCUGCUGCAGGAUGCAGCCCUGCUGAGCUACAUUGACCAGCGUUUUCUGGCUCUGGAGAGGAGGCUGGAGAAAUGCAACCAAGACCUGCUGGAGUACGUGGAGGAAUUCAGAGAGUUCUCCAAGGCGCUGCUGUCCCGCCUGGCAGCGCUGAAGGCUGGCAAGGCUGAGCUCGGGGGGCAAGUGGAGACUCUGCUGUCCAGGGUGGAGAGGGCACAGAGGGACAUCGACUACCUGGGAUCUGCCGCGGCUUCCAACGCCUGCCUGGAGGUGCACCAGGACCUGCUGGAACAGCAGCUGCUGGAAGAGGCAGAGGAGAAAAAGAGGAUCAAACUCAUGCUUAACGCAAGUUGUGACCACGUGCUUGCAGGCAUUAGGUCCCUAAAGGUGGUUAAGAAGACUGGAGGAAAGCACGGCUCCUGGAUGAAAGAUCCCGGCAGAAAGCACGCCAAGAUUUACUUAUUGAGCGGCUCUGUAAAUAACGUGUUUUGGGAAUUUGCAAACAUCAUGGCUUUCAUGGAAAGCAACCAGACCCUGAAGGCUCGCAGAGUCCCCUUGCCACUGCCCUGGGAAGGAACUGGCCACGUCAUCCACCAGGGUUUCCUCUUCUACCACAGACACGGCUCCUUGAACGAGAUCAUCAAAUUCCACAUCCAGAGAAGAAGCGUCGCCCACCAGAUGCUGCUGCCGGGGGCUGGGAGGAUUCCUGCCUACCAGCUCUCUCCACAGACAAAAAUAGACCUGGCUGUGGAUGAGCAGGGGCUGUGGGCCCUCCACGCAGAGCCAGAGACCGGGGGAAACAUCGUCAUCACCAAAAUCAACCCCGCGGCCAUGGCGGUGGAGCACAGCUGGGACUCGCCCUGCAGCAGCGAGGGUGCUGAGGCAGCUUUCAUGGCCUGCAACGCCCUCCACGUGGUCUACAACUCUCCUUCUGGAGGCUCCUCCCGCAUCCAGUGCGUUUAUGAUGUUCUGGGAGCUCCAGGUGUCCCCCUAAAGCCAGGACUGCAUUUCCCGAAGCGCCAGGGCGGCCACUCCAGCGUGCACUACAAUCCGAAGGAAAGGCAGCUCUUUGCUUGGGGUGAUGGAUCCCAGAUCGUUUACAAGCUUCACACCGAGCAAAAAGCUUAGGAAUCUUUAAAACAAAAAGUUAAAACCUUCAGCAGCUUUUCAAGUAGAUCUGAAAGCCACCAGUCCCAGGCCAACACAGCCAUUAAUGUGUUUUAAAAUUACAUUAUUCCCAUCUGUUACAACUUUCAUCCAUUUUACAUAACUUAAGGAUUAUGUACCCCAGUAAUCUUAAUUCUGAAUUGAGAAUAUAUGAAGAUUCCAUUAAUAUAAAUACCGCACGUGCACAAGCUCCCUACCCCCACCCCCCAAGGCACAAAUUAAAGUCUAAGGUUAAUUUAAAAAAAAAAAAAUACCCCAUUUCUGACAGGUUCUCCUCCUACUGAAAAUGUUUUCUGCUUCAACACCAUGGAUAUUGAAUCAGAAAUCCUUCCUGUCCAAAACAGUUUGACAACCUUCACAGCUCUGAAGAUCACAGAAAUCCUUCUGGCGAGCAAUAUGAAAUCAAACACUUUCAGGACACUAGCUAGAAGUUUUAACAGGAGAGGUUCAUUAUCCCACAAAAUGUAGGAAUAGACACCCCCACAAACAUGGCUUACAUUUAACAUAAAACUCAUUAAACCUGUUCCUAUUCAUUGAACUUCUAGAGUUCAUGGAAACUCCACAUUUCUUAUCCACGUAGCUGUAUCCACUGUUGAUCCUGCCAGAUAUUCACUUUUAUCAGCUCCAAGUUGCCACUUCUCAGCAUUUUUUUGAGCAGACCACUGUUAGUGUGUCAGAAGGAAUGUUCUAGGUGAGCUGCUCUGUAUCACACACUGCUUUUAAAGGCUCUGCAUGUCACCCUUAGGUGGUUUUCUCAUCAGGUCUCUUUCAGCACCUACCUGUGAGGCAUUUUCCCCAAUGUUUCAAGUCACUUUUGUUGAUUAUAGCAGCUUUCUCAUCCUAUCCUCCAGGAAAAGGUGGCUCAGAUGAGUGCAACAGGUGAGGGCAUGGCACUGCUCAGCCCUGGGUUUGAGAGUCACAGAUAAACCCCAGGUGUUUUUGUCUCAAAAAUAAUGUUAAAUAAUAUUAAAAAAAAAAUAUACUGUGAAAUACAGGUAUAGACUAUUUUUUAUAUAUUUUAA